AUGGCUUAUGAGUUUUACAACCAGUAUGCUAAAAUGAACGGGUUUGCAAUUCUCAAGAGUAAGAUCCUUCGAAGCAAGAAAGGAGAAAUAUUACAGCGGACAUUUGUUUGUCACAGACAGAGGUUUAAGGAGGAUAAAGGUUUAACAAUAGAAAAUCGUAAGCGUGAGUGUAAACUUGAGAGUCGAUGUGGAUGUGAAGCAAAAUUUCGAGUGCAUAUAGACAUGGUCUCACAACGUUGGUGGACAACAGUUUUUAAUGAUCAACACAAUCAUGAGCUUUUAGAUGAAGAGUACCAUGGAAUGCUUGCUUCACAUCGAAAAAUGAAAGAGUCAGAUAUAAUGCAGAUGAACGACAUGUUGAAGGUUGGUAUAAGGCCGUCUCAAUUCUAUGGUUAUUUUGCCAACAAAUCAGAAGGGUAUGAAAAAAUAGGGUUUCGUAGGAAGGAUAUAUAUAAUCAAAUAGGAAAACAACGCCUUUUGCAACAAUGUGAUGGUAAAAAUGUUUUACACCAUCUUUGUGGGCUGCCAUCAGAUGACCCGAUGAUGUUUUAUCGCCACACUGUUGAUGGAUAA